AUGGCUGAGACUUUAGAUAAAAUCGAAAUUAAUACUUCGCAGAGACGUACAACUAUCAGUGAGACAGAGGAAGAACAUGCAUUAAAGGAAAUAAUCAAUAAUAUGCAAAUAUUCACAACUGAAACUGAACACGAAACAACUGUUGAAUGUCCAUCUGCACAGAUUGGAAGCUCUCAAGAUGGGAUUUCAGUCAAAAUCCAUAUGAACACCUUGCAGUACCAUGAAUCGAUUAGUUAUGAAAAAGAAGAACAUGGAUUAAAGAAAAUCGAUACACUCAUGGAAUGUUCUCAAAUAGAUAAACGUGAACCUAAACAAGAGACAAUUAAUGAUUACCAAAGCUAUUCAGUUGAAAUAUUGGACAAUGUUCAAAUAAAACAGUCACUGUGCUGUGCAUCAAAUAAUAAUGAAUUAGACGAACAUAAUUCCGGAGAAAAGGAGAAACGUGUACAACCAUUCCAAAUACACAACGCUGAAAGACAACAUGAUCAGACGAUGGCUUUUUCCGAAAACACACAGCUAGGAAACGGCUCAGGUAUGAAGCUAAUUAUAAUGGACAAUAUUUUAAAUGAAAUGCAAAAUAACAUGAUGACACCUGCAGAGGUAGUCAAGUUUAUAGACUUGUUGCUUGAAAAGGACCCGACAGAUCUUUGCCAACGAAGAUCUACAAUGACAGACACUACAGUGUUGUGUGUUCAUACACCAUUCUGUUACACCUUACACAUGACAAGUGACAGUGUGUAUUAA